ACAACAAAAACGACUUGCCAUCCACAACCCUAAACCAACCCCUCUCUCUCCCUUCACUUUCUUAUUAUAUAUAUCUUCCUCCUCACUUUUCUCUCCUCUCUUCAUCUUCAAGACUUUUCUUACACCAAAACCAAUAUCUAUAUCAUCAUCAUCAUCAACCUCUGCAACUAGUUAUCUACCUUAAUAAUCCAAUCAUGGAUGAUUCUUCUUCAGCUGCUGAAGACACCAAAAGUUGUCCCCGCGGUCACUGGCGACCCGCUGAAGACGAAAAGCUUCGCCAACUUGUUGAACAAUAUGGUGCACAAAAUUGGAAUUCUAUUGCAGAAAAACUCCAAGGAAGAUCAGGGAAAAGUUGUAGGUUAAGGUGGUUCAAUCAGUUAGAUCCAAGAAUUAACAGAAGACCUUUUACAGAAGAGGAAGAAGAGAGACUACUCGCGGCGCAUCGGAUUCACGGAAACAAAUGGGCACUAAUAGCAAGACUUUUUCCAGGUAGAACUGAUAAUGCUGUGAAGAAUCAUUGGCAUGUUAUUAUGGCAAGAAAACAAAGGGAACAAUCUAAGUUAUGCGGUAAAAGAACCUUUCAAGAAGUUUUUAACAACUCCUCAAUUCUUAAUUUUCCUUAUACAACAAGAAAUAUUGGAUAUGAGAAUGGAAAAUUCUUUGAUAAUAGUACUUCUUCAAAUUCUCUUGCUUCUUGGAAUUUCGCUUCUGCUACUACUGAUACUACUUCUAUUGUAUUGGAUAAUUCCAUUACGAAAAAAGGUUCAAAUAUUUAUAAGGGCUCGGAUAGAUCAUUUGUCUACAGAAUUUGUCCAAAUCUUCCAAGCUACAAGAGAGUUGUUUCAAAUCCUUUUAGUUUUUUGAGUUCCGAUGGCGACGGAAGGGUUAGAAAUUCGGAUAAUUUGGUGAGUAGUUUAUGCGAUAAAUCGUCGAAGUUAAUCACAAACUUAAACUCUUCCAAAGAGAAAGAGUUGCAAGAAGAUCAUCAUCGUGAAGCUGAACAGCAUAAAGAAGUUCCUUUCAUUGAUUUUCUUGGUGUUGGUGUUUCUUCAUCAUAAUAUAUAUAAUUAUUCUCUCAUGAAGUAUUUAAAUAUAUUUAACUUCAUGUAAUAUUUCAUAUCUAUAUAGUUUUUUUUAGUUUUAGAGUUUUCA